UAUACAUCUUUCAAAAUGCCACCAAAAGUUGGAACCAAAGGAGCCAAAAAGGCCGUAACAAAGGCAAAGACUGCCAGACCCGGCGGUGACAAGAAAAGGAGGAGGAAGAGGAGAGAAUCCUAUGCCAUCUACAUCUACAAAGUCUUGAGACAGGUUCACCCAGACACUGGAGUAUCCUCAAAGGCUAUGUCUAUCAUGAACAGUUUUGUCAACGAUAUCUUUGAGAGAAUCGCUGCAGAAGCUUCCCGUCUCGCUCACUACAACAAGAGAUCUACCAUCACAUCUCGGGAGAUCCAGACUGCAGUUCGUCUGCUCUUACCCGGUGAAUUGGCCAAGCACGCUGUCAGUGAAGGUACCAAAGCCGUCACAAAGUACACCAGCAGCAAGUAAACAACGAGAAGUUUAACUUCACAAACGGCCCUUUUCAGGGCCACCAAUAUUUUUCAAAAAGAGUCUUAUUAUUGUUGUACAUAACAAACUUCUAAAUGAAGCUGUGUCCCACCCCAAAAUGACAAAUUUGUUUAUAUCUGAAUUCUGUCUUUUUGUCUUUCUUUCUUUCUUUCUUUCUUUCUUUUUUUCUCUUCUUUAUUCUUCAUUUUAUUAGCCGAUUUGAAAAAAUAUACAUACACCAGAAUUUAACCUUUUCACGGGUUAUACAUUUCUUCCCUCUUUUUUUUGGGG